AAGUACGCAGCCAGCUAAUUGUUUUGAAAAGCGCACAUGCCGUCAAAAAUUGCCGAAAUUAUUCUGAUUUUCUAAAACGAUUUGUGUGAUUGAAAUAGUAAUAACUAAGCAUUUAAACAGUGUUAUAUUACUGUAAUAAUCAUGGGCAAAAAGAAACUGAAAUCCUCUGAAGAUCCCUCUGAAAAACAAGAUCAAGAUGCGAUAGAAACGAACGAUGAGAAGCCAAAACCAAAAUCGAAAAAAGAAAAAACGGAAAACUCCCUCGGACCCUACUAGCGAUGAAGUUCUAAACGAUGGAUCAGCUCCAAAACAAUCUAAACUCGACGAAGCUUCCAAUAUCACAGCCGGAACGACCAUCGAUAAAGCCCUGCUGGUAAAUCCGGCCCUUAAGCUGAACAAAAAGACCAAACGGGCCAAAAAGCGCGAAAAACACGCCAAAAAUGUGGACGAGCAGAAGCAAAAGGCGAAGAACCGCGAGAAAGAGGAAUGCCGCCAGUAUUUGCAGACCUGGAACGACAGUCGGGAAAAGUGGAAGUUCCAGAAGAUCAAACAGGUCUACAUCCAGAAGCACGUGUUCGACGAGGACCACCUGGACGGGGACAUUUGGCCGGUGGUGCUGGAGUAUCUUUCGGGUACGAAGGGACCUGGACGGGAAAAUUUGACCAAACGGGCCGAGGAAGUUAUCCGAGAGCUGGACCGACAGGCUAAGGAUAGUGGGGAUGAUUCGCUGCUGGAGGGAAGUAAAUAUCAGCGGGCUCGAGAGUUGCUCCAGCAUUUGGGUUGAUUGCGUUCAGUAGAGGUAAAAUAUAAGAUCCUAUGGAUCAUUGGGUUUACAA